AUGCCAGACGGUGUUCGAUUGUCUGCUACACUCACUAUACCCAUUCCGAAACAGACCGAUGAGAAAUUUCCAGUUUUACUUGAAUACAAACCAUACAGAAAAGAUGACGAUUUCUACAAUUAUAAUCAACCAAAUAAUUACUAUUUAGUACGACGAGGUUUUAUCGUAGCCAAAGUAGAUAUUCGUGGCACAGGUUCAUCUGAAGGUAUUCUUAUCGAACGAGAGUACACAUCACAAGAAUUGGACGACUGUGAACGUGUUAUUGAACAACUUGCUGUUGAUCCUCGCUCGAAUGGUCGCGUAGGAAUGCACGGUUUGAGUUGGUCAGCAUUCAACUCUCUCAUGAUGGCCACCUUACGACGACCACCUGCUCUUCGCGCUAUAUUUGCAGCACAUGGCUCAGAAGAUUUGUACAAAAACGAUAUUCAUUUUAUGGAUGGAAUUCUUCAUCAGGACGAGUAUAUACUUUCUGUCGACCAUGAAAAUGCCUUACCGGCCACACCUGACUAUAUAAUGAAUGAACAGUGGAUGAAGGAACGUUUCACAACGAGACCCUGGAUUGAUGUUUAUCUUGAACAUCAACUCGACAGCGCAUUUUGGAGGGAACAUUCGAUUAAAUAUGCCUAUGAUAACUUCACUGUGCCUGCUUAUCUACUCGCCGGAAUUUAUGACAGCUAUCGAGAUUUUGCAAUUAAUAUUUAUGAAAAUGCUCGUCGAUCAUCAUCGAAGAUCAAAGUUGUCAUUGGUCCGUUUGCUCAUGCCAUGCCUGAAUAUUCUUAUCGUAAUCCUGGCCCAGGUUACGAUGGCAAAGCUGAGCUAGUUCGAUGGUUUAAUUAUUGGCUUAAAGAUGAUGAUCAGUACAGCGACAUUCUAGACGAACCGGAUAUCACUCUAUUUAUGCGAACGAGUCUUACUACGGGCAACUAUCGAUACGAACCUAAAUGGCCAAUUGCUCGGCAACGGAUACGUCGAAUGUUCAUGUAUAGUAGACAAAGACUAGUGGAAAAAGUCGAGGAAAAGAAGGAAGGUACUAUUGAUGUGGACACUCUCGAAUAUCAACCAUGGAUUGGAUUCGAAGCCGAAGACUGGUGGGGUUCCUCACUUAGGGAUCAACGUCCGUUCGACGAACAUUGUCUCAUUUACGAUAGUGAUCCAAUUAGCGAAAGCAUGGAAAUAGCUGGAUUUGUCGAAGCAUCGCUUCAGGUCAGUGCUACUGCCCCUCUAGCUCACUGGAUAGUGCGUCUGGAAGACGUCGACAUCAAUGGUCAAGUAUGGUUGGUAACUGGUGCUGCUCUUAAUGGAGCUCAACGAGAAACACCUCUGGCCUAUCUCGAACCGAAUCAUUUAAUAUUAGAUAGCGUUCUAAAACGACUAGCAUCAAAAGCUAGUCAAACAAAUCAAAAUUAUUGA